AUGUCUCCACUUCUGAAAAGCAUCUUGGAUAUCACUGAAAUUUUCAAUCAAUAUGCCUUACAUGAUUGUGAUGGGGCAGCACUAAGCAAGAAAGACCUGAAGAACCUCCUUGAAAGGGAAUUUGGAGAUGUCCUUCGGAGGCCACAUGACCCUGAGACAGUAGAUCUGAUCCUGGAACUUCUGGAUCGCGACUGUAACGGGCUCGUCGAUUUCAAUGAAUUCCUCCUGUUCGUUUUCAAGGUGGCUCAAGCUUGUUAUUACGCUCUCAGCCAGGUUUCCGGGCUGGAUGAGAAGGGGGUCAGGUGUGAGGGAAAGGAGAACCCGUUACAAGAUCCCAGGCAAGAAGACCAGAGAUUUGAGCCCCGGGACAGACAACUGGAAGAACACAGGCAGAAAAGGCAGGAACUGGAGAGGCAGCUCGCAGAGGAAGACAAGCAGCGGCUGCAGAGGCGACAACCGGAAGAGCGCCUGGAGGAGGAAGAGCGCCUGGAGGAGGAAGAGCAGCUGAAGAGGCGCAAGGGUCGGGAGCCUGAGGAAUUUCCUGACCGAAAGCAAAGGCAAGAGAGGCGGGAGCAGCGCGAGCUCCGGGAAGAAGAGGAGCAGUUGCAAAGGCAGAAGCGGGAGCAGGAGGAGCCGCGGUUGCAGCAGGAGCUGAGGCGCGAGAAGCAGGACAGACGCGAGCAGACAGAAAGGCGCGAGCAGCAGCUGAGGCGCGGGGAGCCGCGCUUAGAGCAGGAGCUGAGGCGUGAGCAAGAGAGGCGCGAGCAGCAGGAGAGACGCGAGCAGGAACUGAGGCGCGAGCAGAGGCUGAGGCGCGAGGAGCAGGAGAGACGCGAGCAGAUAGAGAGGCGCGAGCAGCAGCUUAGGCGCGGGGAGCCGCGCUUAGAGCAGGAGCUAAGGCGCGAGCAAGAGAGGCGCGAGCAGCAGGAGAGACGCGAGCAGGAGCUGAGGAGCGAGGAGUUGCUCUUUGAACAGGAGCUGAGGCGCGAACAGAAGAGGCGUGAGCAGGAGCUGAGACGCGAGCAGAGGCUGAGGCUUGAGGAGCCGCGCUUAGAGCAGGAGCUGAGGCGCGAGCAGGAGAGACGCGAGCAAGAGCUGAGGCGCGAGGAGUUGCUCUUUGAACAGGAGCUGAGGCGCGAGCAGGAGCUGAGACGCGAGCAGGAGCUGAGACGCGAGCAGGAGAGACGCGAACAAGAGCUGAGGCGCGAGGAGUUGCCCUUUGAACAGGAGCUGAGGCGCGAGCAGGAGAGGCGCGAGCAGGAGCUGAGACGCGAGCAGCGGCUGAGGCGCGAGGAGCCGCGCUUGGAGCAGGAACUCAGGCGCGAGCAGGAGCUCAGGCGCGAGGAGCCGCGCUUGGAGCAGGAGCUCAGGCUCGAGCAAGAGCUCAGGCGCGAGGAGACGCGCUUGAAGCAGGAACUCAGGCGCGAGCAGGCGGAGAGGCGUGAGCAGGAGGAGAGGCGCGAGCAGGAGCUCAGGCGCGAGCAGGAGCUCAGGCGCGAGGAGCCCCGCGUGGAGCAGGAGCUCAGGCGCGAGCAAGAGCUCAGGCGCGAGCAGGAGCUGAGGCGCGAGCAGGAGCUGAGGCGCGAGGAGCCGCGCUUGGAGCAGGAGCUGAGGCGCGAGCAGCGGCUGAGGCGAGAGGAGACGCGCUUGGAGCAGGAGCUCAGGCGCGAGCGAGAGCUCAGGCGCGAGCGAGAGCUCAGGCGCGAGCAGGAGCUGAGGCGCGAGCAGGAGGAGAGGCUCGAGGAGCCGCGCUUGGAGCAGGAGCUGAGGCGCGAGCAGCGGCUGAGGCGAGAGGAGCCGCGCUUGGAGCAGGAGCUGAGGCGCGAGCAGGAGGAGAGGCGCGAGCAGGAGGAGAGGCGCGAGCAGGAGCUGAGGCGAGAGGAGCCGCGCUUGGAGCAGGAGCUGAGGCGCGAGCAGCAGGACAGACGCGAGCAGGAGCUGAGGCGGGAGCAGGAGGAGAGGCUCCAGCAGGAGCUGAGGCACGAGCAGCAGCCUGCUGAGGAGGAGGUGGAGGCCCGUGAGCGGGGCAAGAGCCGCACCUCAAGGUGGCAGUGGCAGCUAGAAAGCGAGGCCGACGCCCGUCAGAGCAAGGUCUACUCCAGGCCCCGCAGGCAGGAGCAGCAGAGGCAACGCCAGGAACGCGAAGAGAAGAGGCAGCGCCUGGAGCUCGAGCGGCAACUGCGGGAGGAGGACGAGCAGGCACGCCUGCAGGAGGAGGAAGAGCAGCGCCGAGACUUCAAAUGGCAGUGGCAGGCGGAGGAAGAGAGCGAGAGGCGCCGCCAGAGGUUCUCCGCCCGGCCCCAGUUGCGGGAGCAGCAGGAGAGGCAGCUGAGGGCGGAGGAACUGCAGGAUGGGGAACUGCUGCGUGAGGAGGAAGAGCAGCGCCGCCAACGACUCGAGAGGGAGCGGGAGCAGCAGAUCCUCGAGGAGGAGAAGCAGCUCCGAUUGGAGCAGAGCCUCCAAGAGGAUCAGGAGAGGAAGCUACGCCGGGAGGAGCAGCGCCGUGACCAAAAAUGGAGGUGGCAACCGGAAGAGGAAAGCCAGAGACGCCGCCACACAGUCUACGCCACGCCAACUCAACGAGAGCCGCUGAGGGAGGAAGAGCAGCUGCAGCGAGAGGAACUCAAGACGAGGAGGCGCCAGGAGCUGGAGAGACAAUAUCGGGAGGAAGAGCCGCUGAGGGAGGAAGAGCAGCUGCUAAGAGAUCGGAGGCGCCAGCAGCGCGGCAGGCAGUAUCUGGAAGAGGAAGAGCUGCAGCGCCUGGACAGAAAGAGGCAAUUCCAGGAUGAGGAUCAGAGCCGCGAUCUGAAAUGGCAGUGGCAACCAGAAAAAGAAAAUGAAGUUCGUAAUCACAGGGUUUACUCCAAACGCAAAGUGAACGAAGAAAGGAUCCGGCAAUUCGAAGAUUCCCAGGUUCAAGACAGACCAUUCCGGCAGAAUCGGUGGCUCCUGCAGGAUGAACGGGAUGAGGAGAGAGCGCGAGAGAAAGAGAGGACCCGGCAGCAGCGCGACAUGCAAUUCCCAGCUGAGGAACUGCUGGAGCGAGAAGAGCAAAAGGAAGCCAAAAGGCGAGACAGGAAGUUCGGCGAGGAGGAACAGCAGCAGCGCCGCCGGGAACGUGAGCAACAGCUUCGCCAGGAGCGCGACAGAAGGUUCCGUGAGGAGGAACAGCUCCUGCAGGAAAGGGAAGAACAGCUGCGCCGCCGGGAACGCGACAGAAAGUUCCGCGAGGAGGAACAGCUCCUGCAGGAAAGGGAAGAACAGCUGCGCCGCCGGGAGCGCGACAGAAAGUUCCGCGAGGAGGAACAGCUCCUGCAGGAAAGGGAAGAACAGCUGCGCCGCCGGGAGCGCGACAGAAAGUUCCGCGAGGAGGAGUUGCUGCGCCACCAGGAGCGCGACAGAAAGUUCCGCGAGGAGGAAGAGCUGCGCCGCCAGGAGCGCGACAGAAAGUUCCGUGAGGAAGAACAGCUCCUGCAGGAAAGGGAAGAACAGCUGCGCCGCCAGGAGCGCGACAGAAAGUUCCGCGAGGAGGAAUUGAUGCGCCGCCAGGAGCGCGACAGAAAGUUCCGUGAGGAGGAACAGUUCCUGCAGGAAAGGGAACAGCUGCGUCGCCAGGAGCGCGACAGAAAGUUCCGCGAGGAGGAAGAGCUGCGCCGCCAGGAGCGCGACAGAAAGUUCCGUGAGGAAGAACAGCUCCUGCAGGAAAGGGAAGAACAGCUGCGCCGCCAAGAGCGCGACAGAAAGUUCCGCGAGGAGGAAGAGCUGCGCCGCCAGGAGCGCAACAGAAAGUUCCGUGAGGAAGAACAGCUCCUGCAGGAAAGGGAAGAACAGCUGCGCCGCCAAGAGCGCGACAGAAAGUUCCGCGAGGAGGAAGAGCUGCGCCGCGAGGAGGAAGAGCUGCGCCGCCAGGAGCGCAACAGAAAGUUCCGUGAGGAAGAACAGCUCCUGCAGGAAAGGGAAGAACAGCUACGCCGCCAAGAGCGCGACAGAAAGUUCCGCGAGGAGGAAUUGCUGCGUCGCCAGGAGCGCGACACAAAGUUCCGUGAAGAGGAACCGUUCCCACAGGAAAGGGAACAGCUGCGUCGCCAGGAGCGCGACAGAAAGUUCCGUGAGGAGGAACAGCUCCUGCAGGAAAGGGAAGAAGAGCUGCGCCUCCAGGAGCGCGACAGAAAGUUCCUCGAGGAGGAAGACUUGCGCCGCCAGGAACGCGACAGAAAGUUCCGGGAGGGGGAACAGAGGCUGCGCCGCCGCCGAGGACUAGAUGGUACCCUCUCUCAGGAGGAGCAACUGAAGGGUGCUGAACAAGAGCAAGAGCAGAGCGUCCAGCAGGAGAGAGAAGAAAAGCGACACCGACAGGAGCAGGACAGGCAGUUCCUCGAGGAAGAAGAGCAACUGCCACGCGAAGUGCAGGAAGAGCUGAGGCGCCGGCAGGAGCGAGGCCAGCAGUACCGCGUGGAGGAGCAGUUUGCCAGGGAGAAGAGGCGCCGUCAGGAACAAGAACUGCGGCAAGAAGAGCAAAGACGCCGCCAGCGGGAGGAGGAACGAAGGCACCGCGGGCAAGUCUGGGAAGACGGAGACAGGGGCCGUCGGCAGACUCUGGAGCCAGGCAAGAGUCAGUUUGCCAGUGUCCCGGUGCGCUCCAGCCCUCUCUAUGAAUAUAUCCAAGAGCAAAGAUCUCAGUACCGCCCUUAAGAGAUGCUGCCAAUAUCCUGACACCUGCCAAAGCUUCCAGCAAAGGAAAAAGAAACACUGGAUACCAAAUGACUCAAAUGUUUCUGGUUGUGGGAGAACUCUCUGAUGUUCCAAAAUCUUUUUUUUCCAAAAUCUUAAACUACACUCAUUUCAUGUACCUUGUACUCUUGCCUUUUAUUCUUCCUCAAGUAGUUCUUUACUGCAGGGUGUCUUUGCUCUUUGGUGCAGAUGUGGUGUGCAAUUUUUAAAAAUCUAAAUCAUUUAAUUUGUUUAAGGAGUUUUGUUUCGGGAACGUUUAUUGCUUUCAAAUAACAAGAAUAACAAUGAUUUCAGAUUCAAAAGAAUUGGGUCUGUUUUUUUCAAUGGUUGGUUCAUCUUAUGGAGAGUUUAGAUAUUUUUUAUGUUCCAGUUGGCAUUUUUUUCUUGAGCCUAAAUUACACUAAUAUUUACCUCCAAAUAGACUCUCAUUUUUUGGCAUAAUUAACACAGAUUCUGCAAGGGGGCUGAAUUUUUACAAGCCUUGAAUACCGAAGGGCAGGGGAGGAGGAGGGAGUGACUUCUACAGAAAAAUUCCCUGUGAAAUCAGCCCCUAACUGGAAGAAAUCUGAAAAUUUAGCUUCAAAACCUAGAAUUUGAAUUUGAUUUUUUUCAUACUUGAUAAGCACUUAAAAUCUCCUGAGCCAAAAGCAAGGUAUUUCCCAAAAAACUCCAGAGCUCAAAAUUUAAAACUGUCUACUGUAGUCUGUAGUGUUCAGUUCUUUUCCCCCAAUCUUUGAUGAAUUUGAGAAUAUUCCUACCUUUGUUCAUUUUAACUGAGAGAGAACCUGCUCAAGAUCCUAUAAACAUCUAUUUCACUCUAGAGUCAAAAGGAGAUCAAAGCAUUUUCGGGGAAGGAAAGGGAAAAAAUUGUGAACAGAAGGGCAAGUUCCCAGAAGCCCUUAGAUGAGACCCAUCAGCUCACAAUCCUUUGAGACCUAUUGAUACUACCUUGG